AAACAGAGUAUCAUUGGAGGACUACACAUCUAUAUAAUAGUAAUACAGUUUUAGAAUUUUAAUACAGAGAAGGGAUUUUUAUAACAAGAAAACAUGCGAAAUCUAACUUCAUUGACCGUGAUAGUUGUGUUAAUAGGAGUAAGUGUUGCCCAGUUUAAUAAUUUUAAUCAGCAAGGUAAUCAACCACCAAGCGGGUUUCCACAGAACUUUGGGCCGCAGAAUCAAGGAGGAGGUGGUUUCCAAAAUCAGAACCAAGGCGGGUUUCCACCCCAAGCCAACCAGCCCGGUGGGUUUCCAAACCAGGGCCAACCAACGGGUGGAAAUUUUCCGCCACAAGGAGGACAACAAGGAGGAUUCCCCCCACAGGGCCCGCAGCCGGGAAACAACCAGGGAGGUGGAUUUAAUCAAGGUGGACAGCAGCCAGGGGCAUUUCCUAACCAAAACCAAGGAGGAUUUCCGACCCCAAACCAGGGAGCAUUUCCACCUCCAAACCAGGGAGCAUUUCCGCCACAGAACCAGGGUGGUUUUCCAGGACAAAACCAGGGCGGUUUUCCAGGGCAGAAUCAAGGAUUUCCCCAGAACCAAGGAGGUUUUCCACCCCAGGGUCAAGCUGCUGGUCCCACGGCCAACAUUCCAGGACUCGGCGGAUUUCAGCCAAACGCUAUCGGGGGAUUCGGAACGGUUGGCAAUAGGUUCGGAAACCCAUUUGUUCCCGGGAACGUCAUUGGAAAUAACUUACCCGGCGCAAACGGAGGUGGAAAUAACCAGAAUCAGUUCACCGCUGGCGGGCAACUGUUUAUGAGCCUUUCACAGAACCCCAACAACUACCGCUAUGCUACCUGUUACUUCAACUCGACAGAAAACGCCAUAAGGGGAAGGGCCGACUUCAGGCAGUUUUUGUUUGGUGACUCGGGAGUGGAUAUCAGAAUUCAAGUGGUGGGACUCCCAACUUCCCCGGUCGACACUCAGAGAGGAAUCCAUAUCCAUGAAUUUGGAGACAUCGGUGAGAGAUGUUCCCGUGUGGGUCCUCACUUCAACCCCACCCAGACCCGCCACGGUGGCAGAAACAGCUACCCCUUUUUGCGUCACGUUGGAGAUCUGGGUAACAUGCUACAGUCUGCUCAGGGCGUCGCCUCCACUCAGUUCAGGGACGAGGUCAUUUCUCUUCAAGGUCAAGGCAGCAUCCUCGGCAGAUCUCUUGUGGUUAAACUGGAACGUGACGACGAAGGGACAGGGACCAACUCCGCCAGUCUGCAGAACGGGAACGCGCGCACACCCAUCGCGUGCUGCACGAUCGGCCGUGCCAGCCCCGCUAACUGGAGAACCCCGUACUCCGAGGACGACCUGAUGGUCAUGUCCGGGGGUGCCUGGUCCCCUAGUACAGGUUCCAACUCUGACGCAGGUCUUCAAGGAAUCCAAACUGGCGGUAACGCACAAGGAACACAGACAAACACCCAGGGCGCACAGACCGGUUUCAACACCCAGGGCACACAGAGCGGUUUCAACACCCAGGGCACACAGACCGGCUUCAACACCCAGGGCACACAGACCGGCUUCAACACCCAAGGAGCAGGUGCAGCGGGAGGAUCUAGCUUUAACGCGGCGGGUGGAUCACAGUUUUCAAAUAAUUUCGGAGGUGGAUCUAACUCUGGACAAAACUCAUUUGGUUUCUUAGGAAAUCAAGGAAAAUAAGAGCAAAGCAAACCAAGUUUUAUAAUUUUGUGUGUGUGUAUACAUGCGGUGUGAAUGUUCUAGAAUGCUUUACUAUUUAUAUGAUUUUUUGUACAAUAAAAUUUUCGAAA